UCACGUCACGUGACAGUCAUCAUCAUGGCGGCCUCCCGGACGCGGUGUUUACGUUCUGGGAUGUGGAUUCUGUUGUUUUAUGGCGUGUUUUCGCAGUUAGCGGAGGUUUUGACUGAAGACGCGCUCAGCUGCGAAGACCUCCGGCUCGGACAGUAUCUGUGUAAUGAGCCUAAGAUUGACGAAGCCACUCAGGAGCCAGAAAACUGCAGGGACGCGACGGCCUGGGUGGAGUGCCUUCCAGCUCCAAACAUCAGCUGUCGACUGGUUAACGGGACAGAGAUCAAGUUCAGUGGUAAAGAGGUGGGCUUCAACAAAACCAUCUCCUGUAGGAACGUGAGUGGUUAUUCCUACAAAGUCGCUGUGGCUCUGUCUCUGUUCCUCGGCUGGCUUGGAGCUGAUCGCUUCUACCUGGGCUAUCCUGCACUGGGACUGUUGAAGUUUUGCACAGUUGGAUUCUGUGGAAUUGGGACUUUGAUCGACUUCAUACUCAUCGCCAUGCAGAUCGUGGGUCCAGCAGACGGAUCGAACUACAUCGUGGAUUAUUACGGCGCCCGGCUGACCCGCCUCUCCAUCACCAAUCAGACGUACAGGAAGCCUCACCUGUCUCUGUGAAAACACACAAACCCUGGUGCAGUGAACCAUGUAAACUCUGAAAUGUCUUCACUGUGUGACCAAACUUCUGGAAUAUUCAGAAGUUUGACCUGUCAGUAAUCUCAGAUUAAACUCAAAUGGUGACCGUCGCGUUUGUGUAACUGCAGAAGUUACCAGGCCUUUGUUUGAGUUAGAACUGUUACUAUUUCAGUACAAAGGAUUCAUUUAAAACACUUUUAAAGUGGAACUUUGGGAGCCUGGUUGUUUCCUCGUGUGUCGUUUCCUCCUCCUCCUCACUUCCUCACUUCCUCCCACCACAGUUUCUUCUGCUGCUUUUUCGCCAUCUCUGACACAGUGAACUUCUAAAAUAACGCUAUCACUGAAGCAAUUUGUGUUUGACCCCCUGAGUCUGAGGACUCUGGGUCAGCGGCCCUGAUCCCUGAUCCCUGAUCCCUGAUGGAGGCUGGUAUUCCACUAACAGGCAGUAGGGGGCAGUGGAAACAGUUGUCGUAUACGACUCUGAAGCUGUUAAAUCAGGGUUAAAAUCCUGCUUUAAACUUUUCAUGUUGUUUGGAUAAGUAAUGAAAGAAACAUCAUCAUAUAUAUCGUUAAACGAGCCACGCGGCAUAAACAGGAGCUGUGAAAGACUUUAAUCCACAGACAACUGCGGGCAGGAAGUAGUGAGACCUUAAAACCUCAGGAGCCUCGUGAAAAGAAUAGAAAUGUGCUCAGAUAUGAAUUUUCCUGUAAGUGAAACACGCACUCCUGGGACACACUUGUUAAAUAUCACAGAGUAAAGUCCGGCUUUAGAGGAGCUUUCUGAGGGAAUGAACAAGUGACUGUGGUUCAGGAUGUUUCAUUAAAAGUGAUAGCAUGUGUCGCGGGAAUCUUUGUUCUUUCUCCCUCAGGGGGGCGCCACUGUCCGCUCUGAGGUUAUGAAAAUUAUAUUUUCAAGUAAAAAAAUCCCAGUGACACAAGUGGAUGAUCAGAAUUCUUUAGAUUAUAAUUUUAGAUGAAUUAUUGUUUCGAUCUUCUACAGACUGAAGAGAACAAACGUGUUUCUCACAGAUAUCGUUCAUCAUAUUUAUUCAGAGUCGUUCAGCCCGAGUACACAAAGUACCACAGUUUGAGUUUUCCAAGAUUCUUCUCCUCUGACGUCUUUUUCUUUUCCACGUCUGUACAUAAUCUGUAUGUCAUCAUGUACACGUUCAACCAAACCGAUUUUCAAUCAUUUAAAGGGCCGUUACUCUAGUUUUUUUCUGCCCAUUAACCGACGUUGGAUUAAGCUGCUGAUAUUUUUACGUCCGUCAUCUGUUCUUCAUGUUCUACAUGUUGAUUUAUGUUGCUGUAAUAUAUUGUGCUCUUAAAUUAUAUUUUGUGUUUGUUUUUGUUGAAUAAAUGUCACUCUGGUUGUUUA